GGGUGGGAAUAGAAAACAGUCAGAAGUUAUUCGGUCCUCUUUUCUGUGCUUACCCGCCAUCAAUGAGUUGAAUUCAUUCAUAGCAGGACUCAGAAUGGAGGAGACGUUGCAGCAAGAGAAACAAGAGUCGGAAUAUAAAAAUCCAAAUGAGGACCAAGGUGGGAUCCGCCGCCGAUUGCGGGACAGGGAUCUCCUAAGGAAGAGAAAGGCUGAAGCAGAAGAGAAGGAAACAAACCAGUGGGUUUUUGGGGUGGAGAGCCAGAGGAAAAGAGCAAGGGCUGAGGACAAGACCGGCUCAAAGAAGAGAGGGAGACCCAGGAAGACUGAACCCACCUCAGAGUUAUCUGUCAUUCAGGAAAAGCAAGCAGUGCCUCAGGAAGCUCCUGCAGUAAUGGUGGUGCCUGAACCUGCUGAGGCCUUCCCAGAGCAAACAUCAGGCUCUCUAUCCCCCUUUCUUGCUUUAGAAUCACAAGCAGCAUCUGUCCUCGCUGCCCCUGCUCCUCUGCCAGUGUUUGGAUCUGUCCAAAGCCCUGUCUUUGCUCCUACCAUGACUUCUCCAGCUCCAGUUAACCCAACUCCAGCCUUUUUUUCACCCGCAGUUCCUGCUCCCUCUCCCACCAAAGUUCUAGACACGGCUCCAAUUCCUGUCCAAGAUUCGGCUCCAGCGCCAGAUGCUGUUCAAAUCCCAUUCCUGAUCCAAGCCCCUGUUCCAGCUGCAGCCACGACUCCUCUUUCAGCUCCUCCUCAGGUGGAGACCCUCUACAAGGAGUCACAAGAAAGGGAGGCCCAAGACCUGGUCCUGAUUGAGGACUUAGGCCCAGAUGAGGAGGUAGACAAAAGAGCUGAUGAAGAUUUGAGUGAGACACCGUCGAUCAACAUACCUGAACAAAACAAAAUGUUCUCAAUUCCCACCAUGUCCUCGCCGCCUCCUCCACAAGAAUAUCUCCCAGGAAAUUCAUUCUAAUUUUCUAAAACACACAUUUCAGAUACUGCCUCAGUUCAGAACACGCAAGCCAGACUUCAUACUUUUUGGUCACAGUUUGUAUCUAAGUAUUAUUCUGGUUAGUGUGCAGCCUGCUGGUUCAAGAGAACAAACAUGCUGAGCAUAUACAUUGCUUAUCUGACAAAUGUAUGAAUUCAAACCAAACCUGUAUGCUUAUUUAUUCUGGUUUGUGCUUCACUGCGAAGUUCAUGAAAUUUCUUUUUGUAUUUUGCAUUUAGUAAACAAAAAAAUUUGCCUGCUUUUAUUUAAAAGUAAAUUAUAUUAAUCACUGGUAAUUAUAUAUUUGUAAUUGUGGAUUUAUUUCAUUGAAUUUUGUAAAAGUUGUUUUUCACCAAAAUAAAAUACAAUGCUUACAAUCAUCUGUUGUCAUUAUCUGUCACUCACAGACAUAUGUGACAAAGAUAAUUAAAUAAAAGCUCUCUAAAUAAUAACUCUCUCUAAAUAAUUUGAUAAGUAACUUUUCCCUCUGCUCUGGUGAGUAAAAUUAAAAAGUAUCUAUCUCAAUAUUA